GAGCAGAUGGGAUGGAAGACACUGGAAUUAUAGUGUCCCUGUAGUUUAGCAACUAACAGGAUAACUUUGACCAUUAUAUACCAGUAUAAGGACAUUUCCUAGACAGUCUUUGGAGCUACAUUGUCAUUUGGCACAUGGCAGUUAAUGAAUGCAGCGCGAGCAGCGAUGAACACGGCAGUCUUCAGUAAGUUUGAUCAGCUGCGCUUUGAAGAGAGCGGACAGAACGUGGAGAGAACCAGCAGAAGCUAUUUAGAGGUGAUUGAAGGACAGCAUUCAGAUUUACUGACCAGCCACAAAGUGAUGGGUGGCACUGAAGCUCUCAAACACAGGAGAAAUGGUGGAGGGAAGGUGCGACACAAACGUCAGGCCCUGCAGGAUAUGGCUCGACCACUGAAGCAGUGGCUCUAUAAGCACAGGGACAACCCUUACCCCACCAAGACUGAGAAGAUACUGCUGGCUCUGGGCUCCCACAUGACCCUGGUUCAGGUCUCCAACUGGUUUGCGAAUGCGAGGCGUAGGCUCAAGAACACAGUUCGACAGCCUGACUUGAGCUGGGCCCUACGCAUAAAGCUGUACAACAAAUAUGUACAAGGCAAUGCUGAGAGACUCAGCAUUAGCAGUGAUGACACAACAUCAGAUGAUGGGGAGAAUCCUUUACAGAUUCAGGCCAGCGAAUCAGACUAUAACAGACCCACGCACAAGAGCGUUAUUCAGGACAGCCGAGGCAAAGGGGUGGGGCGAAGCGCAGACCCACGCGCAGACCCCUCGGUUUGUGAUGAUUAUGUGUCUCCACCAAAAUACAAGAACAGCUUGCUAAACCGCUAUCUAAAUGAUUCCCUUCGGCAUGUAAUGGCCUCCGAAAAAGUUAUGGACUCUCGGAAGAGGAACCACUCUGGAUCGUUUAGCUCCAACGAGUAUGAGGAUGAUUUUCUCUCACCAUCAUCAGAAGCUGAGGCAAACUUCACCUACCGUACAGUGACGUUGGACUGUGGCACUCGCCAAAGCGAGAGCAUUGCUCGCAAAGGUGGCGGAGGAGGAAAUAACGAGACCUACUGGAAAGAGCUCCAUGCUGCCAUGGCCCUGACCAACCUGGCCCAAGGGAAGGAGAGCUCAACGCCGGGCACCACCAGCUGUAUCAUCCAGAAGUCUUCCCAUAUAGCAGAGAUUAAGACUGUCAAAGUGCCCAUACAACCCCGACAUUAGUGGCUAACAGACUGGACAGCGUCUGUUACUAGGUCAUAAUUGCUAAAAGACUACCUGAACACUUGAGUAUGUACUACAUGCAAUAAUUUUGUUGAAAAUGAUCCACAACAGCCUUUUCUAGCAGGAAAAAUACAUGUUGACUGACCAACGUGCCUAUUCUUUUUUUUUUUACCACUGUCUG